AUGGAGGCGCUGGAGGAGACCUGGCGGAACCUGCAGAAGAUCAUCAAGGUAGCGGAUCCCAGAUCUCCUUCCCUGUCAGAAGUUAGAGGCGGUUCUGGAGAGUUUCGGGAGGUUCCAGGAGGUUCUGGAAGGUUCUAGGUUCCCUUCUGGGGGGCUGGCAGAACCUCCAGAAGAUCACUGAGGUAGUGGAUCUCCCCGGGGAUCCCCCGAUCCCCUUCCCUGCCGAAAGUCCUAGGCGGUUCUAGAAAGCUUUGGAAAGUUCCGGAAGGUUCUAGGUUCCUUUGGAAGACAUCAUCAAUCGUUCGAUCAAUCAUCAAUCGUAUCAGAAGGUUCUGGAAGGUUCUAGGAGGUUCUAGGCUCCCCAGAAUCCCUAAAUCCCCUUCCCCAUUGGAAGUUAGGAAAGUUUCGGAAAGUUCUGGAAAGUUUCAGAAGGUUCUGGGUUCCCCAGGAAUCCCCAAAUCCCCUUCCCUGUUGAAAGUUAUGGGCUGUUCUAGAAGGUUCUGGAAGGUUCUAGAAGGUUCUCAACUCCCCAGGGAUCCUCCAAUUCCCUUCACUGUCGGAAGUUCGAGCCUGUUCUGGACCGUUCUGGGAAAGCUCCGGAAAGUUCUAGACACCACAAAGUUGCAGAGCCGAGUUUCCGGAACGUUCCCGCAAUGGACACCCCAAAUCCCCUUCAGUAAAAAGUUCUAGGCUGUUCUGGAAAGUUCCAUAAAGUUCUGGAAGGUUCUAGGUUCCCCAGGAAUCCCCGAAUCCCCUUCCCUAUUGAAAGUUCUGGGCUGUUCUAGAAGGUUCUGGAAGGUUCUAGAAGGUUCUCGACUCCCCAGGGAUCCUCCAAUUCCCUUCACUGUUCUGGACCGUUCUGGGGAAAGCUCCGGAAAGUUCUAGACCCCACAAAGUUGCAGAGCCGAGUUUCCGGAACGUUCCCGCAAUGGACACCCCAAAUCCCCUUCAGUAAAAAGUUCUAGGCUGUUCUGGAAAGUUCCAUAAAGUUCUGGAAGGUUCUAGGUUCCCAGGAAUCCCGAAUCCCCUUCCCUAUUGAAAGUUCUGGGCUGUUCUAGAAGGUUCUGGAAGGUUCUAGAAGGUUCUCGACUCCCCAGGGAUCCUCCAAUUCCCUUCACUGUUCUGGACCGUUCUGGGGAAAGCUCCGGAAAGUUCUAGACCCCACAAAGUUGCAGAGCCGAGUUUCCGGAACGUUCCCGCAAUGGACACCCCAAAUCCCCUUCAGUAAAAAGUUCUAGGCUGUUCUGGAAAGUUCCAUAAAGUUCUGGAAGGUUCUAGGUUCCCCAGGAAUCCCCGAAUCCCCUUCCCUAUUGAAAGUUCUGGGCUGUUCUAGAAAGCUAUGGAAAGUUCCAGAAGGUUUUGGAAGGUUCUAGGCCCAGGGAAGUCGCAGAGCCGAGUUCUAGACGGGGGUUCCAGGUCGUUCCGCGCCUCCUUAAGCUCCGCCCAGGCCGACUUCAACCAAUUGGCCGAGCUGGAGAGGCAGAUCCGGAGUUUCUGGGUGGCUUCCAACCCCUACACUUGGUUCACCAUGGAGGCGCUGGAGGAGACCUGGCGGAACCUGCAGAAGAUCAUCAAGGUAGCGGAUCCCCGGAUCCCCAUCCGGGUUGAAAGUUCUAGGCCGUUCUGGAAAGUUUUGGGAAGUUCUAGAAGUUUGGGAAGGUUCUAGGUUCCCUUCUGGGUGGCCGGCAGAACCUCCAGAAGAUCGUCAAGGUAGCGGAUCCCUAGAUCCCCAUCCAGGUUGAAAGUUCUAGGCCGUUCUAGAAAGCUUUGGGAAGUUCUAGAAGGUUCCAGAGCCGGUGGAACCUCCAGAAGUAGUGGAUCCCACAUUCUUCCCUUUCGGGAAGGUUCUAGGUUCCCUUCUGGGUGGCUGGCAGAACCUGCAGAAGAUCAUCAAGGUGGUGGAUCCCACAUUCCAGCUUGUUCUAGAAAGCUUCGGGAAGGUUCUAGGUUCCCUUCCGGGUGGCCGGCAGAACCUCCAGAAGAUCAUCAAGGUAGCGAAUCCCCGGAUCCCCAUCCGGGUUGAAAAUUUUGGGAAGUUCUAGAAGGUUCUAGAGCUGGUGGAACCUCCAGAAGUAGUGGAUCCCACAUUCUUCCCUUUCGGGAAGGAUCUAGGUUCCCUUCUGGGUGGCCGGCAGAACCUCCAGAAGAUCGUCAAGGUAGCGGAUCCCCAGAUCCCCAUCCAGGUUGAAAGUUCUAGGCCGUUCUAGAAAGCUUUGGGAAGUUCUAGAAGGUUCCAGAGCCGGUGGAACCUCCAGAAAUAGUGGAUCCCACAUUCUAGCUUGUUCUAGAAAGCUUCGGGAAGGUUCUAGGUUCCCUUCUGGGUGGCCGGCGGAACCUGCAGAAGAUCAUCAAGGUAGUGGAUCUCCCUGGGAAUCCCCAGAUCCCCUUCCCUGUCAGAGACAGUUCUAGACAGUUUUAGAAAGUUCUGGAAGGUUCUAGGCUCUCCAGGAACCCCCAAAUCCCCUUCCCUCUUGGAAGUUCUAGGUUGUUCCGGAAAGUUCCAGGAGGUUCUAAACUCCAUGGUUAUCCCCAAAUCUCCUUCACCUGUCAGUUCUAGACAGUUCCGGAAAGUUUCAGAAGGUUCUAGACUCCCUGGGAUCCCCGAACCCCCUUCCCUGUCAGAAGUUCGGGGCUGUUUUAGAAAGUUCCGGAAGGUUACAGAAGGUUCUAGGCGCCGCGAAGUCGCAGAUCUGAGUUCGAAGCAGCGUUCUGGAAUGUGUGCUGGAGUUCCCAUCGAAGUUCUAGGCUCUUCUUAGACACUUCUGGAAAGCUCCGGAAGGUUACAGAUGGUUCUAGACUCUGCGAAGUCGCAGGUCUGAGUUUGAGACAGGGUUCCGGAAUGUUCCGGAUCAUUCCAGAACGUGUGCUGGAGUUCCCAUCACAGUUCCAGGCUGUUCUAGACAGUUCUGGAAAGUUCUAGGCUCCGCGAAGUUACAGGAAGCAUCAAGGUAGUGGAUUUCCCUGGGAAUCCCCAAAUCCUCUUCCCUGUCGGAAGUUAGAGACUGUUCUAGAAAGUUCUGGAAGGUUCUAGACUCCCCGAAUCCCUUUCCCUUUUGAAAGUUCUAGGCUGUUUCCAGGCUAGAGUGUUUUUGAAAGAUCUGGAAACUUCCGGAAGGUUGUAGAAUGUUCUAGGCUCUCAAGGAAUCCCCAAAUCCCCUUCCAUCUUGAAAGUUCCAGGUUCUUCCGGAAGUUUUAGAAGUUUCCCCAGGAAUCCCCUUCCCUGUUGAAAGUUAGAGGCUGCUCUAGAAAAUUCUGGAAUGUCUUGGAAAGUUCCAGAAGAUCAUCAAGGUAGUGGAUCUCCCCGUGGAUCCCUGAAUUGAAAGUUUUGGAGUGUUCUGGGAGGUUUUGGAAGAUUCUAGACGCCCUGGGAAUCCCCAGAUCCCCUUCCCUGUCGAAAGUUCUAGGCUGUUCUAGAAGCACUCGAGGAGACCUGGCGGAACCUCCAGAAGAUCACCAAGGUAGUGGAUCUCCCCAGGGAUCACCCAAUCCCCUUCCCUGUCAAAAGUUCUAGGCUGUUAUGGAAAGUUCUGGAGUUUCAGAAAAUUCUAGAAGGUUCUAGACUCCCCGGGAAUCUGCAACUCCUGGAAAGUUAUGGAAGGUUCUAGACUCACAUAAUCCCCCAAAUCCCAUUUCCCUGAGGAAACUUCUGGGCUGUUCUAGAAAGUUCUGGAACGUUUCAGAAGGUUCAGGAAGGUUUUAGACUCCCUUUGAACCCUGAAUCUCCUUCCCUGUCAGAUGUUAGAGGAAGUUCUGGAAAGUUCUGGGAGGUUUUGGGAGGUUCUAGGCUUCGCGAAGUCUCAGAUCCGAGUUUGAGACAGGCUUCCAGAACGUUCCAGAUUGUUCUGGGACGUGCGCUGAAGUUCCCAUCAAAGUUCUCGCCUGCUCUGGACAGCGCUGGAAGGUUCUAGGCUCCGUGAAUUCACAGAGAUCAUCAAGGUAGUGGAUUUCCCCGGGAAUCCCCCAAUCCCCUUCCCUGUCAGAGGUUAGAGAACAUUCUGGAAAGUUCUGGAAGGUUCCAGAAGGCUCUGGAAUGUUCUAGGCUCCACGAAGCCGCAGAGCCGAGUUCAAGACGGGGGUUCCGGGUCGUUCCGGGUCGCCUCGAACCCGUACACUCGGUUCACCAUGGAGGCGCUGGAGGAGACCUGGUGGAACCUGCAGAAGAUCGUCAAGGUAGCGGAUCCCAAAUUCUAGGCAGUUCUAGAAAGUUCUGGAAGCUUCUACGGAGGCUCAGGACUGUUCUAGACAGUUCUGGAAGGUUGUAGACCUGGCGCAACUUCCAGAAGAUCAUCCAGGUAGUGGAUCUCCCCCAGGAUCCCCCAAUCCCCUUCCCUGUCGGAGAUUCUAGACUGUUCUAGACAGUUCUGGAAGGUUCUAGACCUGGCACAACCUCCAGAAAAUAAUCAAGAUAGUGGAUCUUCCUGGGAAUCCCCAGAUCCCCUUCCCUGUCGAAAGUUCUAGGCUGUCGAAAGUUCUAGGUAGUGGAUCUCCCCGGGGAUCCCCCAAUCCCCUUCCCCGUCGAAAGUUCUAGGCUGUUCUGGAAGGUUCUGGAAAGUUCUAGGCUCCAUGAAGCCGCAACCUCCAGAAGGUCAUCAAGGUAGUGGAUCUCCCCCGGGAUCCCCUUCCCUGUCGAAAGUUCUAGGCUGUCAAAAGUUCUAGGUGGUGGAUCUCCCUGGGGAUCCCCCAAUCCCCUUCCCCGUCGAACGUUCUAGGCUGUUCCGGAAGGUUCUGGAAAGUUAUAGGCUCCAUGAAGCCGCAAGCUCCAGAAGAUCAUCAAGGUAGUGGAUCUCCCCCGGGAUCCCCUUCCCUGUCGAAAGUUCUAGGCUGUCGAAAGUUCUAGGUAGUGGAUCUCCCUGGGGAUCCCCCAACCCCGUCAAAAGUUCUAGGCUGUUCUGGAAGGUUCUGGAAAGUUCUAGGCUCCAUGAAGCCGCAAGCUCCAGAAGAUCAUCAAGGUAGUGGAUCUCCCCCGGGAUCCCCUUCCCUGUCGAAAGUUCUAGGCUGUCGAAAGUUCUAGGUAGUGGAUCUCCCCGGGGAUCCCCCAACCCCGUCAAAAGUUCUAGGCUGUUCUGGAAGGUUCUGGAAAGUUCUAGGCUCCAUGAAGGCGCAAGCUCCGGAAGAUCAUCAAGGUAGUGGAUCUCCACUGGGAUCCCCUUCCCUGUCGGAAGUUCUAGAACAUUCUGGGACGUUCUGGAAAGUUCUAGGCUCCCUUCCGAUUGUGAGCAAAUCAUCAUCCGGCUGUUUGCAAAUCACCAUUGAAUAACAACAAUAACAUUAUUAUUAUUAGUAGUAGUAGUAGUAGUAGUAGUAUUGGUAUUAGUAUUAUUAUUAUUAGUAGUAGUAGCAGUAGUAGUAGUAUCAGUAUCAGUAUUAUUAUUAGUAGUAGUAGUAUUAGUAGUAGUAUUAUUAGUAUUAGUAUUAGUAUUAGUAUUAGUAGUAGUAGUAGUAGUAUUAGUAUUCUUAAUCCUUUAUACCCCGCCCUUGAAACGGAUCCCCACCGAAUCUGGUUUUCCCGCCGGCUUUGCGAGAAGAGACCCGAUUGGAUCUUUGGAUAAUCAUUCCGAUAACGGGAUAUUAAUUCCGAUAAUUGGAUAAUUUCCCUUAAUUAAUUCCCCCCCCCCAGGAGCGGGAGCUCGAACUUAUUAUUAUUAUUAUUAGUAGUAGUAGUAUUAGUAGUAGUAGUAGUAUUAGCAUUAUUAUUAUUAUUAUUAGUAGUAUUAUUAUUAUUAGUAUUAGUAUUAUUAUUAGUAGUAGUAGUAUUAUUAGUAGUAGUAUUAUUAAUCCUUUAUACCCCGCCAUUGAAACGGAUCCCCACCGAAUCCGCUUUUCCCGCCGGGUUUGCGAGAAGAGACCCGAUUGGAUCUUUGGAUAAUAAUUCCGAUAACUGGAUAAUCAUUCCGAUAAUGGGAUAUUAAUUCCGAUAAUUGGAUAAUUUCCCUUAAUUAAUUACUCCCCCCUAGGAGCGGGAGCUGGAACUGCAGAAGGAGCAGCGGCGCCAGGAGGAGAACGACAAGCUGCGCCAGGAGUUUGCCCAACACGCCAACGCCUUCCACCAGUGGAUCCAGGAAACCAGGUGCCGCUCGAUUAGUAUUUUUAUGUGGAGUAGUAGUAGUAGUAGUAGUAAUAGGAAAUGUGCCAGGAGUUUGCCCAGCAUGCCAACGCCUUCCACCAGUGGAUCCAGGAAACCAGGUGCCGCUCGAUUUAUUAAUAUUAUUGCGUGAGAUAGUAGUAGUAGUAGUAGUGGUGGCAGUAGUAGUAAUAGUGGUAGGAAACCAGGUGCCGCCGCUCGAUUUAUUAGUAUUUUUGCGUGGAGUAAUGAUAGUAGUAGUAGUAGUAGUAGUAGUGGCAGUAGUAGUAAUAGUGGUAGGAAACCAGGUGCCGCCGCUCGAUUUAUUAGUAUUAUUGCGUGGAGUAAUGACGAUAGUAGUAGUAGUAGUGGCAGUAGUAGUAAUAGUGGUAGUAAUCAUCAUCAUCAUCAUCAUCAUCAUCAGUGGAUCCAGGAAACCAGGUGCCGCCGCUCGAUUUAUUAGUAUUUUUGCAUGGAGUAAUGAUAGUAGUAGUAGUAGUAGUAGUGGCAGUGGUAAUAAUCAUCAUCAUCAUCAGUGGAUCCAGGAAACCAGGUGCCCUCCAUUUCUUAUUACUAUUGCGUGGAGUAGUAGUAGUAGUAGUGGCAGUAGUAAUCAUCAUCAUCAUCAUCAGUGGAUCCAGGAAACCAGGUGCCGCCGCUCGAUUUAUUAGUAUUUUUGCGUGGAGUAAUGGUAGUAGUAGUAGUAGUAAUAGGAAAUGCACCAGGAGUUUGCCCAGCAUGCCAACGCCUUCCACCAGUGGAUCCAGGAAACCAGGUGCCACUCGAUUUAUUAGUAUUUUUGCGUGGAGUAGUAGUAGUAGUAGUAGUAAUAAGAAAUGCGCCAGGAGUUUGCCCAGCACGCCUUCCACCAGUGGAUCCAGGAAACCAGGUGCUGCCGCUUGAUUUAUUAGUAUUUUUGCGUGGAGUAAUAGUAGUAGUAGUAGUAGUAGUAGUAAUAGGAAAUGCGCCAGGAGUUUGCCCAACAUGCCAACGCCUUCCACCAGUGGAUCCAGGAAACCAGGUGCCGCCGCUCGAUUUAUUAGUAUUUUUGCGUGGAGUAAUGAGAGGAGUAGUAGUAGUAGUAGUAGUGGCAGUAGUAAUAAUCAUCAUCAUCAUCAGUGGAUCCAGGAAACCAGGUGCCGCCGCUCGAUUUAUUAUUAUUGCGUGGAGUAGUAGUAGUAGUAGUAAUAAUAGGAAAUGUGCCAGGAGUUUGCCCAGCACGCCAACGCCUUCCACCAGUGGAUCCAGGAAACCAGGUGCCGCCGCUCGAUUUAUUAGUAUUUUUGCCUGGAGUAAUGAUAGUAGUAGUAGUAGUAGUAGUGGCAGUGGUAAUCAUCACCAUCAUCAGUGGAUCCAGGAAACCAGGUGCCGCUCGAUUCAUUAAUAUUAUUGCGUGGGAUAGUAGUAGUGGUAGUAGUAGUAGUGGCAGUAGUAGUAAUAGUGGUAGUAAUCAUCAUCAUCAUCAGUGGAUCCAGGAAACCAGGUGCCGCCGCUCAAUUUAUUAGUAUUUUUGUGUGGAGUAAUAGUAGUAGUAGUAGUAGUAGUGGCAGUAGUAGUAAUAGUGGUAGUAAUCAUCACCAUCAUCAGUGGAUCCAGGAAACCAGGUGCCGCCGCUCGAUUUAUUAGUAUUUUUGCGUGGAGUAAUGAUAGUAGUAGUAGUGGCAGUAGUAAUCAUCAUCAUCAUCAUCAGUGGAUCCAGGAAACCGGGUGCCCUCCAUUUCUUAUUACUAUUGCGUGGAGUAGUAGUAGUAGUGGCAGUAGUAAUCAUCAUCAUCAUCAUCAUCAUCAGUGGAUCCAGGAAGCCAGGUGCCGCUCGAUUUAUUAAUAUUAUUGCGUGGAGUAGUAGUAGUAGUAGUAAUAGGAAAUGCGCCAGGAGUUUGCCCAGCACGCCAACGCCUUCCACCAGUGGAUCCAGGAAACCAGGUGCCGCCGCUCGAUUUAUUAGUAUUUUUGCGUGGAGUAAUAGUAGUAGUAGUAGUAGUAGUAGUAGUAAUAGGAAAUGCGCCAGGAGUUUGCCCAACAUGCCAACGCCUUCCACCAGUGGAUCCAGGAAACCAGGUGCCGCCGCCGAUUUAUUAGUAUUUUUGCGUGGAGUAAUGAGAGGAGUAGUGGUAGUAGUGGCAGUAGUAGUAAUAGUGGUAGUAAUCAUCAUCAUCAUCAUCAGUGGAUCCAGGAAACCAGGUGCCCUCCAUUUCUUAUUACUAUUGCGUGGAGUAGUAGUAGUAGUAGUGGCAGUAGUAAUAAUCAUCAUCAUCAUCAGUGGAUCCAGGAAACCAGGUGCCGCCGCUCGAUUUAUUAUUAUUGCGUGGAGUAGUAGUAGUAGUAAUAGGAAAUGUGCCAGGAGUUUGCCCAGCACACCAACGCCUUCCACCAGUGGAUCCAGGAAACCAGGUGCCGCCGCUCGAUUUAUUAGUGGAGUAAUGAUAGUAGUAGUAGUAGUAGUAGUGGCAGUAGUAAUCAUCAUCAUCAUCAUCAGUGGAUCCAGGAAACCAGGUGCCGCCGCUCGAUUUAUUAGUAUUUUUGCGUGGAGUAAUGAUAGUAGUAGUAGUAGUAGUAGUGGCAGUAGUAAUCAUCAUCAUCAUCAUCAGUGGAUCCAGGAAACCAGGUGCCGCCGCUCGAUUUAUUAGUAUUAUUGCGUGGAGUAAUGACGAUAGUAGUAGUAGUAGUAGUAGUAGUGGCAGUAGUAGUCAUAGUGGUAGUAAUCAUCAUCAGUGGAUCCAGGAAACCAGGUGCCGCUCGAUUUAUUAAUAUUAUUGCGUGGAAUAAUAGUAGUAGUAGUAGUAGUAGUAGUAGUAAUAGGAAAUGUGCCAGGAGUUUGCCCAGCACGCCAACGCCUUCCACCAGUGGAUCCAGGAAACCAGGUGCUACUACUGUUACUGUUGCUACUGCUGCUACUACUACUGCUGCUGCUACUACUGCUGUUGUUGUUUUGUUGUUGUUACUUCUAUUGUUACUAUUGUUAUUAUAACUAUUACUACUACCACUACUAUUUUUGCAACUACUGCUUUUGUUACUAUCACUAUCACUUCCGCUGUUACCGUUACUAAUGCUGCUACUAAUAUUGCCACUGUUACUAAUAUUGCAACUUCUAGUGAUACUGUUGUUGUUACUAUUCUUAUUACUACCACCGCUCUACUGGUUUUACUAUUGCUACUGCUAUUGUUACUGUCGCUAUCCCUAUUUCUACUGUGACUGUUGUGAUUACUACUACGGUUACUAUUAUUGUUACCGUGACCGUUACCUUUACUACUACUACUACUACUACUAGUCCUGAGAUUAGAUUUAUCAAAGAUUUUAGGCUUCUUUUCUCUCUCAACAACAGUAACAGAAGUGAUAGUAACAAUAUCAGCAAUAAUAGUAAAAAUAGUAGCAGUUGUUACUACUGUUACUACUACUAUUAUUGUACUUCUAUUACUACUACUACUACUUAUUAUUAUUAUUAUUUCCGUCAACCCUUGGCUAACCUCCCUUUUCUUUCUCCCCCUUCUCCCCGGAACGUUACUCCCGCUUCCUGUUACUCGGACCCUCCGCCAGGACCUACUUACUCGACGGGUGAGUACCAACUACUCCUUUUUCUCCUCAAAAAAGCCGCUUGCUCGUGACGUCGGUGUCUUGUGCCGGAGUAUUGCCCCGUCUGUGUAGUAAUUGCCCCAUUUGCAUAGGUAUUUGCAUAAGUAUUGCCCCAUCUGCGUAGUAAUUGCCCCAUCUGCAUAGUUAUUGCCCCAUUGAUAUAGUUAUUUGCCUAGAUAUUGCCCCAUUGACCUAGCUAUUGCCCCAUCUGCGUAGUAAUUGCCCCAUCUGCACAGGUAUUGCCCCAUUUGCAUAAGUAUUGCCCCAUCUGCAUAGUAAUUGCCCCAUCUGCAUAGUAAUUGCCCCAUUUGCAUAGUUAUUGCCCCAUCUGCAUAGUUAUUGCCCCAUUGAUAUAGUUAUUUGCCUAGAUAUUGCCCCAUUGACCUAGCUAUUGCCCCAUCUGCGUAGUAAUUGCCCCAUCUGCACAGGUAUUGCCCCAUUUGCAUAAGUAUUGCCCCAUCUGCAUAGUAAUUGCCCCAUCUGCAUAGUAAUUGCCCCAUUUGCAUAGUUAUUGCCCCACCUGCGGAGGUAUUGCCCCAUUGAAAUAGUUAUUUGCCUAGAUAUUGCCCCAUUGACCUAGCUAUUGCCCCAUCUGCAUAGUAAUUGCCCCAUCUGCAUAGUUAUUGCCCCAUUUGCAUAGUUAUUGCCCCACCUGCGGAGGUAUUGCCCCAUUGAUAUAGUUAUUUGCCUAGAUAUUGCCCCAUUGACCUAGCUAUUGCCCCGUCUGCAUAGUUAUUGCCCCAUAUCCAUACUUAUUGCCCAAUCUGCAUAGGUAUUUACAUACCUAUUGCCCCAUUUGCAUAGGUAUUUAAAUACUUAUUGCCCCAUCUGCGUAGUAAUUGCCCCACCUGCCCAGGUAUUGCCCCAUUUGCAUAGGUAUUUGCAUAAGUAUUGCCCCAUCUGCGUAGUAAUUGCCCCGUCUGCACAGGUAUUGCCCCAUUUGCAUAGGUAUUUGCAUAAGUAUUGCCCCAUCUGCGUAGUAAUUGCCCCGUCUGCACAGGUAUUGCCCCAUUUGCAUAGGUAUUUGCAUAAGUAUUGCCCCAUCUGCGUAGUAAUUGCCCCGUCUGCACAGGUAUUGCCCCAUUUGCAUAGGUAUUUGCAUAAGUAUUGCCCCAUCUGCGUAGUAAUUGCCCCGUCUGCCCAGGUAUUGCCCCAUUUGCAUAGGUAUUUGCAUAAGUAUUGCCCCAUCUGCGUAGUAAUUGCCCCGUCUGCCCAGGUAUUGCCCCAUUGACCUAGAUAUUGCCCCACCUGCCCAGGUAUUGCCCCAUUAACCUAGAUAUUGCCCCAUAUACUUAGGUACUUUCCCUAGAUAUUGCCCCACCUAGCUAUUGCCCCGUCUGCCCAGGUAUUGCCCCAUUGGCAUAGCUAUUGACCUAGAUAUUGCCCCGUCUACACAGGUAUUGCCCCACUGGCAUAGGUCUUUACACAGGUAUUGCCCCAUCUGCAUAGUUAUUGCCCCAUAGCCAUACUUAUUGCCCCAUCUGCACAGGUAUUUACAUAGUUAUUGCCCCAUCUGCAUAAUUAUUGCCCCACCUGCUGAGGUAUUGCCCCAUUUGCAUAGCUAUUUACAUAGUUAUUGCCCAUCUGCAUAAUGAUUGCCCCAUCUCCAUAGUUAUUGCCCCACCUGCGGAGGUAUUGCCCCAUUUGCAUAGCUAUUUGCAUAGUUAUUGCCCCAUCUGCAUAGUUAUUGCCCCAUCUGCAUAGUUAUUGCCCCAUCUGCACAGGUAUUGCCCCAUUUGCAUAGGUAUUUGCAUAAAUAUUGCCCCAUCUGCAUAGUAAUUGCCCCACCUGCCCAGGUAUUGCCCCACUGACUUCCGUAUUGCCCCGCCUGAAGUUAUUGCCCCAUUAUCCUAGAUAUUGCCCCAUAUACCUAGGUACUUUCCCUAGCUAUUGCCCCAUUGACCUAGAUAUUGCCCCAUCUGCAUAGUUAUUGCCCCAUUGACCUAGGUAUUGCCCCGUUGACCUAGGUAUUGCCCCACCUGCCCAAGUACUGCCCCAUUGACCUAGAUAUUGCCCCAUUUGCAAUGCUAUUUCCCUAGCUAUUGCCCCACCUGCCCAGAUGUUGCCCCAUUGACCUAGAUAUUGCACCGCCUGCCCAGGUAUUGGCCCAUUGCCCUAGAUACUGCCCCAUAUACCUAGAUAUUGCCCCAUAUACCUAGGUACUUUCCCUAGCUAUUGCCCCAUUCACCUAGCUAUUGCCCCGCCUGCCCAGGUAUUGCCCCAUUGACCUAGAUAUUGCCCCAUUGACCUAGAUAUUGCCCCAUUGACCUAGGUAUUGCCCCAUUGAGUAGGUAUUUGCAUCAUUAUGACCCCGCCUUCAUUGCUCCGCCCCUGCUUAUCCCCGCCCCUUCUCCCCCCAUAAAAUCCUAAUUUCACCCCGAAUUUCUCCCCGAAUUCCACCCCCAAUUUCUCCCCUAAUAUCACCCCCAAUUUCACCCCAAUUUCUCCCCGAAUAUCACCCCGAAUUUCACCCCGAAUAUCACCCCGAAUUUCUCCCCCAAUUUCACCCCGAAUUUCACCCCGAAUUCCACCCCGAAUUUCACCCCCAAUUUCUCCCCGAAUUUCACCCCGAAUAUCACCCCGAAUUUCACCCCCAAUUUUCCCCGAAUUUCACCCCGAAUUCCUCCCCGAAUUUUACCCCAAAUUUCUCCCCGAAUUUCACCCCCAAUUUCUCCCCCAAUUUCACCCCAAAUUUCUCCAAUUUCUCCCUGAAUUUCACCCCAAAUUUCUCCCCCAAUUCCUCCCCGAAUUUCUCCCCCAAUUUCACCCCGAAUUUCACCCCGAACUUCACCCCCAAUUUCUCCCCCAAUUUCACCCCGAAUUCCACCCCCAAUUUCACCCCGAAUUUCUCCCCGAAUAUCACCCUGAAUUUCACCCUGAAUUUCACCCCCAAUUUCACCCCGAAUUUCUCCCCGAAUUUCACCCCCAAUUUCUCCCCGAAUUCCACCCCCAAUUUCUCCCCCAAUUUCACCCCAAAUUUCUCCCCGAAUUUCACCCCCAAUUUCUCCCCGAAUAUCACCCCCAAUUUCUCCCCCAAUUUCACCCCGAAUUCCACCCCAAUUUCACCCCCAAUUUCACCCCCAAUUUCUCCCCGAAUUUCUCCCCAAAUAUCACCCCCAAUUUAUCCCCCAAUUUCACCCCGAAUAUCGCCCCGAAUUUCACCCCCAAUUUCUCCCCAAAUUUCACCCCGAAUUUCACCCCGAAUUCCUCCCUGAAUUUCACCCCAAAUUCCACCCCCAAUUUCACCCCGAAUUUCUCCCCAAAUUUCACCCCAAAUUUCUCCCCGAAUUUCUCCCCAAAUUUCACCCCAAAUUUCUCCCCGAAUAUCACCCCAAAUUUCACCCUGAAUUUCUCCCCGAAUUUCACCCCGAAUUCCACCCUGAAUUUCACCCCGAAUUUUUCCCCGAUUUCCAUCCCGAAUUUCACCCCCAAUUUCUCCCCGAAUUUCACCCCGAAUUCCUCCCCGAAUUUCACCCCCAAUUUCACCCCGAAUUUCACCCCCAAUUUCACCCCGAACUUCACCCCGAAUAUCACCCCCAAUUUCACCCUGAAUUCCACCCCCAAUUUCUCCCCAAAUUUCACCCCGAAUUCCACCCCCAAUUUCUCCCUGAAUUUCACCCCGAAUAUCACCCUGAAUUUCUCCCCAAAUAUCACCCCCAAUUUCUCCCCGAAUUUCACCCCGAAUAUCACCCCGAAUUUCACCCCCAAUUUCUUUCCUCCGCAUAGCAUUGCCUAUCGGCGGGUCAUUCGCGUCUUUCAGUACCAAGUCGGGGAAGAUCUUUCCGGAAGGUUCCAUUCCUCUUUUCUUUCCCCUUUUCUCACUCUACCUUUUUCUUUUAAUUUAUUUUAA